AUGAAACCUGCGAAAUCAGAUAUCAAAGAUGGAUCUCUUAGUAAUAAUAAUAAAUUAGUUACAGCUAAUAAUAUUCAACAUUCGUUUUUGUAUCGUUUUGGAACAAAAGCUGCUAUUUAUACUGGUGGGGCAGCCGGCUCGUGGGCUGCUGCGUGGCAAUCCAUUCAUGUUUUUCCUAGUAUAUUCAGUUUACUACAAAGUGUGGCAGCAACAGGUAUGGCAAAAGGAACUGUCAUCACAUUCGCAGCAGGUGGCGCAGUAACUAAAGCUUUCAUAGAUGCUAAGAAAAAUCCAGAAGCAACGAAAACCAAUGAUAAAGUACGAAUUCAAUCGAAGCUCUAA